AUGAAGUUUUCAAUUGUUAAUGUCUUGUUUAUUGCUGCUACUGUUGCAGUCGCUGCCCCUGUUGCUGAAGCCAAUCCUGAGGCAUUUGCUGCUCCCAUUGCAGAAGCUGAAGCCGAGGCCAAUCCUGGACUUUGGCUUUUAAAGAAGAAGCUUGCUUUCUUAUUUAGCCUCAAGUGUGGUGGCGGUUAUUAUAACAACCAAAACCAGGGGUCAUCUUCAGGAUCAUCUAAUGGCUCUAGUUCUUCAGGAGGCUCUGGUGGCUCUGGUGGCUCUGGAGGUGCUGGAGGUGCUGGAGGUGCAGGUGGUGCAGGUGGUGCUGGGGGCUCAGGUAGCUCUGGAUCUUCUGCUACUAACAACAAUAACAACAACUCAAACACUGGUAGUAACACUAAUAACAAUACGAACAACAACACUAACAACAAUAAAAAUGAGAUUAUCAUUUACGUUAUGCCCAGCGGUUAUUUGUCUCCCAAUACUACUUCUAGUUCUUCAGUUCCAUUCACCGGAACUCUUAUCAAUGGUUCUCUUUAUGCCAACACACCCACUAAUACUGGUCUCGGCAAUGUUGUUAUUAAUAACAAUGGUCAACUCCAAGUUGUCAGUGGAAAAACUUCAUCUUCCUCAACAUCGCCUUACUGGACUGUUGAAAAUGGGACCCUUGUACCCAACGGACAAACAGUUGUUUCUUGCCCUGAUGGCAAUGGUAAUUACAUCCUUUACUGUGCCAGUACUUGCCCUACUGGCCAUGAGCCACAAACUAUCAGCCUUAAAACUGGCUCUCUUUAA